AUGCCGAUCUGCAUAGAGUGCCGCCACCCCGUCAAGACGCUGUGGACCAAGUACUCGGGCGCCGGCGACAAGUCGAGCGGCCACAACAUCCGCCUGACGGUGUGCCGCAACUGCGGCCGCUUCUGCGACAAAUACGUCGAGCAUGACUACAUCGUGCUCUUCAUCGACCUGGUGCUCAUCAAGCCCCAGGUCUACCGCCACCUGCUGCACAACACCCUGAUGCGGGACCACGACCAGUUCGACCCGUCCAUCAUCCGCCUCGGCAUCCUCCUGCUGCUCUUCGACGUCUACCUCACCUGGGCCCGCAUCGAGAAGCAGUCCGUCCCGGACGGCCCCGCCUCCCUCGCAGACAGCAACUUUGGCCGCCUCGCGCAGCAGCCCAUCGUGUUCCAGUACAUGUUCUUCUUAAUACUGUGCACCCUCUCGACCCUCGCCUUCCACCUGUCCAUCCGCUUCCUGACCUCGUCGCCCUUCUCGCCCCUGGGCCUCCUCGGCGUCCUCCCGCGGUACUCCCGCCCAAACUCCGUGUCGACCGCGCUCCUCGUCUCCAGCAGCACGAAGCUAUUCCCCAUACUGAUGGUCAUAUGGGAGUACGACGUCCCUGCGGCGGCGAGGUCGCUCGGCUGGGCCGUGGUGGCCAACAACGUGGAGGCGCUCAAGAUCCUCCUGGACUGCGGCUACGGGGUCGCCGCGAUGCUGGCUACGACGGGGGCUCUGAGCCGCUGGCUCGUCGGCAGGGCUAUACUGUGGGCAGCGGGGCUGGACGGCGUUGACUCGCAGGGUGAAGGGAGCGUGGCAGAGGAGGGCAAGGCGCUCUGGGCCUUGAUUGUUUACGUGAGGGAUUGGGUCGGCCAGCUGGCCAUAUAG